UUUGUAAUUGAAGAAUGAGUUUUAAUAAUUUAAAGAUUUGAAUAUGAAAGUGUCAAUAGUUCGUGAUUAUAAAAAAAAAAGAUAGUAAAAAAGUAGCAUACUUUCUGACUGCCAUUAUUCAAUUUACCAUUUGGUCCUUUGAUAAAAGAUCUUCCUAAUGCCAUAUUACAUAGUCCCCCUUCUUUUAUAUUUUAACCCCUUUGAAAGGGGUAUAGCAACCCCUUUCUCCAUAAAAAGGGGUAGCUGCUAAAAAAGGGUGCUGCAGCAGCAGAAAUAUUGACUGCGUUCCUUCAACAAUUUGCAACUUGUGUACAUUAAAAUAUUCAUGUUUUGCAUUUAAUUAAGUAUUAUAAGCAUAGUAUAUAGGUGUCUUCAUAUAAUUUAAGUUAAGGCACACCAAUAACACAAGAUACGAUACAUGGGACUUCGACUGCUCCGUCCGAGCAUGCUCGGUAUCCCAGAGACUGCUGCUCGCUGUCCCUCUCCAACGUUUCUUACGGAAGAGAAACUCCUGGGGGUUGGUUGGGAGCCGCUUGUGAUUGGGUAGGAUAGUAUUGGAUCUACCCCGCAGACUACUCUGCAUGGAAAGGGUAGCUCAGUUUGGCACAGGCUGUUGUCAAAUCUACUUCGCAGUGUGUUUGGUAUCAAACUAUUGUCAGGAUGCCAGGAUUAUGUGAACCAGUGGUAGCUUUGAAAGUGUGUAAUAAUUUCAAGUGGAGAAGCGAAAGCUCGAGCGUGGGCGGCGCAGGAUUACGAGAAUCGCACAGACAGGCCUGUGAACACGUGCGAAAAUCUCAUGUCUCGACGUUUGCGCCCAUGUCAUCGAUCGUUCUUCCGUUUAACGUUUCUCGCGUUGAGAAAAUCCGAUUUCUUCGUUCUCCCCUCAUCCCUCCGCAUUUCAGUGGCAAAUUAUUGGACUCGAUUCACGAUGACCACGCCCAAGACGAUUUCUUAAGCGAGCUGAUAUCAAGAAGCGUAAGGAUGUUCGGGUACGCGAGCUGAGGAAGAUGACGAAGAGAGUCAGGGGUUGGAAAGAAAAAGAAACGAGGGAUGGCUCUUUGUCUCGAGAGUUCGGAUUCUGAAGAUAGAGGCUAAUUCCUGGCAGCCACCCUUCGAGGAAUGUCGACUUCUAUCCUGCACAAGAUCUUCUCUUGUUCACCUUUUCGUCCUUUCGUCCUUUUCCUUUGCCUUUGCUUGGGUACUUUGAUGUUCCUAAUUUGAUUGAAGGAAUCCGUCGUACGGAUACUAACUUCGUCUUUAUUGAUUGCUGUUUUGUUCAAUCUCCGUUGUCGAAGGACCGAUAGACGCGCCGCAGGAUGCAAGCGAUAUCUAAUCCGAAAUCCUUUCGACGUAACGUUUAAAUUCCACUGAUCCUUACUAUAGUCCACCUCAUAGGUAAAGCUGACGAUUCACUUUAUCGUGCGUUGAAGAAAAAUUGAUCAAUCCUUGCAAUUCGAUUAUAACGCAAUUAACUUUAUCAAUUCGGUAAUAAUAAAAAAUGUAAUGUAAAGAGAGCUCUUAUAAGAAUCAUAAUAGUGACCAACUUUUUAUGUCAUCAACAAUAUUUCUGUCAUCACGUCGAUAAUCUACCAAUAUUUCCGCAAUUUUUCUCAACAUCAGCCUUAUAAGUUCUGCUUGAGACAACUUAUGCUAGCGACAGUUAUUACAUCGUAACUAUCAAGAGAAUCGUCGAAAAUUCGUUUUGAUUAUAUCGAAGUCGCUGCUGGCAUCCAGCGAUCGGGCUUCUAAUCUGAUUCGAGCCGUUUAUACGGAACCAAAUGUCGAUAUCCACUCCAGUGUGGACUUCAACUUCCUUUUUUCCUCCCCCCAAUUCGUCCCGCCUCUGGCCGCCCGUAAGGAAAAAAGGAACGCUAUCAGGAAACCCGAUAAAGGGGGUCCGCGAAUUUUCUGCAAAACCGGAGAGAUCUCGGACGGAGCUGCACGCCGUAUCUUAUCGUGAAGCAGACGUCCGCGGCAGAGAAUCCCCGGACUCGGGCAUCCCGUAUAUAGGUACGUACCUGUAUUAUAUCUGCGUCGUUCACAUAUCUGGAUAGGAGCGCAUCAUAUUCCCCCGUACCUUUCUACCUACCCGCUACCACUCUGUAUCGAUACAUCGUACGUAUACGGGUGGAAUAUCGCGCACGUGUAUCUAUAUUAUAUCUCGCGAAAUAUCGAAUGGGCGUCGUCUCGAACGGAGAUACUAUGCUGUAGAAUGUCCUAUAGCACGUCUAGAAUGCGCGCCGGAUUACCGAUCGCGACAGUAUCAUUUAUACGAAAUUCCGAUUGUUACGAUUUUCUACGACUUGUAGCUUACUAUAUAAAAUGAUAACAACUGCGUCCAAAUAUAAAAAUUUUGUCGUACAGUCUUGUCAAUGUCUGCAGCACAAUGAGCUCAAUAAAAAAAUGUAAGCAAGCUAUCAUGUAUAUGUGAUAAUGAGAUCUAUAUAUUAUAUACAGUAAA